AUCCUAGCAACAAUAGACGCUAGCGGCCAGCCUCAUCUAGCGGGGAACGUAACAUAGUUUUCUGACGUUUUAUAACUUCUGCUGAGCGAUUUUAGCCAAGGAGAUGGACGUAUCACUCGAGGCACAAACCAAACCGCUAUCUACCCUAUCGGCUUUCAGUUACAUCCCAACCCGAAGAAAUGAAUCUAAAGAAAGUUCUUACUUUAACACAGAAUCAAAGGUCCCAGAAAUGUCCAUGUAUGACCAGGUACACCACCAGGCUGAGGGUUAUGACAUGAGACUGCACAGGGAAGACAGAAAACACGAUAAAGGAAGAGGACUAAACAUAAACGAGGAGGAGAAGUCCAGACCUGUGCCAGUGCUGUCCUCUUCAGAAUACGGGCGCCGACCUGUUCCUGUUCUCUAUCAGACAAACCGACAGUAUGCACGUGUGGCUUGCAUAAAAGCGGAAUUUUUCAUGAAAAAUGGGAUCAUCUGGAAUGUGGCUGAAGGCUACGGAUCAGUGGCUCCUAUUUAAAAGUAUGCGAUCAAAGUGUUGGUUUGAAUGAUAAAUGAAGCUUUGAAUGAUAAA